CUAUCGAAUGGCCUUACUUCCAGCACUAAAAGUCGGCCUGGUUAAACCUUUUUAUCUUUUAUUUAAUGAAUUAAAAUUGAUAUCUUUAACAUGUUGAGAUCGAGGAUUCUCUGCUCCUUAUCAAACAGAAGAUGGGUAUCGUACUUCUCGGAGGAAUUUAAAAAGUUGGCAAACGAGGGACCUGCUAAGUUUGCCACAUCCAGCAGUCAUGCCGUAACAAGCAUUGACUUGGAUCUGUUUGUCAAUCCGGAUAAUAGACCCAUGGAUCUAGUGGACCGGCUGCUUAAGCUCAGGAAACAAAAAGAGGCAACAUUGGUGCCACUGCUGCCAAGUGUUCUGGUCAAACAACUACUAGACUCCACAAAUCCCCAGGAGGCGGUAUCGAUCCUACGUAAUCCCACGCAAUACGGCCUGUUCGUGGACCAAUUCUCGGGAUGUUUCCUGCUUGACUAUUUUCUUCACAAUAGCCAUGCGGUGGAAGCGGCUCAGGUGGCCACGAUUCUCGUAGAUAGAAACUUAUGCAACAACGAACUGAUUGAGGCCCUGGUCCUCCAGUCGUUCUGGACCUUUGCUAAAGACUUUAAGCCAUUUGAGUCUUCUCAAAUUCAACCUCCUGCCAAAAACGCUGAAGUGGAAAAGGUUCGAGUCAAGUUUAUUCGCAACUAUCCCGAAGAUGACAGAGAAAACACCGAAGAAAAGAAAUUGGGUCGCGCCAUGAUUCGAUUGGCUUCUGGCGAUGGGACCCUAAAAGAGCUAAAGCAAAACAUUACCUUACUUGGCUAUAUCCUCAGCGGACAGGUACCUGAAGCUUUGAAUUUUCUUGCCAAAAACCAAGCUGCUCUUCACAAGGAAACCUUGACCAUCGCUCGAAGUGUAGCGGAAAUCUUGAAGCUGGAGGAUUCAGAAGAGUUGCUAAAAUCUUUAGAAGAAACCCUCAACAAGAGUAACAAAUCCAAUGCCAUCGAUGACCUGAUGCAGAACAUUGUUAAAGGCAGUGCACAGAAGUUUGAGCCGCAGCUGUUGGCCGACUACGUUGGGUCCUAUGAGGAGUGGGCGAAGAAGUUCGAGUACGCAAUUCAACACCAACUGGAAGCCAAGAAUCUGUCUAACCGUAAAGCCAGCAUUCAGAAGACGCUCGACGAAUUGGAAGCCAAGCGCCAGAACCUGUGGUUCUUCGAGAAUCAGGACGACAUCGAUAUCCAGAUCUAUAAGAAAAAGGUGUACUAUCCCAAGCGGUGGUUUGGCAAGAAAAAGAAACCUAAGGCAGCGGACACCUUCUACGUGCCGCCAAACAUCACCCACAACGCCUAACUUGAUGCCCCCAAGACCUGGCCACAAACAAGUUAGAUCCAAUUGUUUUUAAGCUUUAAUUAAACUACUGGAGAGUUAAUCCAAA